UUGUUCACAGGUAGUGUGAUGACGUUGUCAAAGCAGUCGCUAUGGAGACCACACCGGUGGAGUUGCUAGUAAAUAGGACAAAUAAAACCGUCCGGACUUCAGAGUACUCUGAGCCAGAUUCCCUUGACCUACUAGUGCCCUUAAGUAUCACUUACACCGUCAUAUUCGUGGCCGGGAUCCUUGGGAACAUAAGCACGUGCGUUGUGAUAUCCCGAAAUCGAUCAAUGCAUACUGCUACUAACUUCUACUUAUUUAGUCUUGCCAUAUCUGAUUUGAUACUCCUCAUUUGCGGAUUGCCUAUCGAACUGCACAAGAUAUGGAAUCCGUCCACUUACCCCCUAGGUGAAGCUCACUGUAUCGCGUUAGGAUUAGCAUCGGAAACAUCGGCAAACGCUACAGUUCUCACUAUAACUGCAUUCACUGUUGAAAGAUAUAUAGCUAUUUGUCGUCCUUUUAUGUCUCAUACAAUGUCUAAGCUUUCAAGAGCAGUGCGUUUUAUUAUAGCUAUAUGGAUUUGCGCUUUAUGCACUGCUAUACCGCAAGCGAUGCAAUUCGGUAUACUUAUUGAAGUGGAUAACGGACAAAAUGUUAGUAUGUGUACUGUGAUUGGUCAGGGAGUCCAUCAAGUGUUCAUUAUAUCUAGUUUCAUAUUCUUCGUAGUGCCAAUGUCUGUGAUCUCAGUGUUAUACGCGUUGAUAGGCAUUAAGUUGCGUACAUCUCAUGUGUUACAUCCAGUGAAAAAACCGUCCGUGGAGAGUAACGAACGAUGUAAUAACACCAGUACGCGCUACAGGAAUGGCACAUCCCAACGGAGGGUUAUAAGAAUGCUGGACUUACGCCGAGAAGCUCCGAUACUCGGGAAUGUGAUAUGUGUCUCGCCUUCUCAUUCCUGUAUAUUUCUCGCUAUGAAGGCGCAGCGAGACUUCUCGGCAUGA